AUGUCCAUACUCGUGCGCCCGCCCAAGCGCAAGUUGCACGAGGUCGACGAAGGACCUCGGAAACUCAGCACCGUAUCAUGGUCUCCCGCAACUCGUUCCGACUCACAAUCCAGUUCAAGACGACCUAGUGAACCACUGGACUCUCAAAGCGAUAGCCACCCACAUGCCACAUCCCUUCGAGAGUUACACUCCAAUCGCGCGUCCCCAGUCCUCUUCGAUAAAGGAACCCUGCAGACCCCACGCAUUUUCAGCCCCACCGCCUCCAUUGUUCUCAUCGGUAUCCGAGGUACAGGCAAGUCCAGUUUAGCAGUAAUUCUUGCUGCGACGUCCGGUCGACGCCUCAUUGAUUCCGACCGGUACUUUCAACAGGUGUCCGGCUGUUCCCGCGCCGCUUUCAAGAAGGACAAUGACCAUACCGAAUACCGACUACAAGAGGCCCGCGUCUUUGAAUCUAUGUUGGCGGACAAUCAAGAAGGAUGUGUGAUCGCGUGCGGAGCCGGAUCAAUGGAGCGCAGCGGGCAAAGAUUGCUACGGGAGUAUGCCCAGACACAUCCGGUCAUCCAUGUUAGCCGCGACCCCGAAAGUAUUCAGUCAUAUCUUAAAGCAUGGCAUACACAAAAGGUCCGACACUUUCUGGAACUCUCAGGGCCAAUAUAUCGCGGGUGCUCGAAUUUGGAAUUCUUCAAUCUGUCGGAAUCGGGCAGCAGCCAACAUAUCACCAAGGACGGCAACAAUUCGUCACCGGGACCGAAGUUGGACCAGAGAUCCCAAACACCCACUCCAUUCUUGACUUUGAAACGUGUGCAGCGGGACUUUCUCCGUUUCAUUGCCUUCGUGACGGGUGAUGUCACUGAAAUGAACCGUCAGCAUUCGUCGUUCCCCUUGUCUCUUUUACCCGUACCGUCGCGGCCCUAUACAAAUUCCGUGUCGGUUCCAUUCUCUGCCUUGCGAGACAAUAGCUUGGAUAUUGAGGAGAUUGAGUUUGGCGUUGAUGCAUUCGAAGUAGCCAUUGAUGUCACCGCCCCUUCAGACCAAAUGGGUUUAGACUCGAAUCUGGCGGACAGCAUCAGUCAGGUUAUUUCGACAAUUCGUCGAAAUAUCAUAGUACCAAUAAUUUAUCACGUUGAGAGUUAUACCUCACCGAAAGGCCAUCUUUCACCGCCGCAGAAUGCUCGGUCCACCGAUGAAGCAUAUGCAAGCCUGGUUCGGCAUGGCCUACGACUUGCGCCAACAUUCCUGACAGUUGAUCUGUCUCGCGAUGACAGUCUCUUCAGCGAAGUUAUUAAUGCGCGGGGUCGUACCAGUAUCAUUGGCCAUUUCGAGACCUUCCGGCCUCUGCCAGGGGGGUGGGAUGGCGAUGAAUACAUGCAGAUCUAUGAGCGGGCAAAGAGACUUGGAUGUGACAUGGUACGACUUUGUCAACCAGCAGAGACUUCGGAAGACAAUGCGGCAGUUGAAAGAUUCCGACACCGUAUCCAAGGCCACCCAGGCGCCGUUCCGAUCAUUGCAUACAAUACCGGCCCUCUAGGACGUAUGUCGCGCUGCUUCAACCCUAUCCUGAGUCCAGUCACUCAUCCAUCCCUAAUGCGCGACAACCCUUCCCACGUACGAUCAAAUAUAACCGCUCGAGAAGCACAACAGGCUCUUUUUAGCUCUUUUGCGCUAGAUCCCAUGCAGUUCUUCGUCUUUGGCGCCAAUGUGACUUACAGUAUGUCACCAGCGAUGCACAACACUUCCUUUAAACUAUGUGGGAUGCCUCACCAAUAUACAAUAUUUCAAUCGCCCACUAUUCGGGGGUUGAAUGAGCUCGUUGAAAACCAAUUUUUUGGUGGAUCGAGUGUCAGUCUUCCUUACAAAACAGAAGUCAUUCCCCUCCUCCACUCCAUGUCUCCUCAUGCGCGGGCUAUUGGCGCCGUCAACACCCUGAUUCCCAUUCGGAACGAUGACGAUUCCGAUCCUCGCCUCUCCCAAGAAUCUUCGAUUUACUUGCAAAAGAGUCGCGCCGGUCCAAUCAAAGGCUUGCACGGCGACAACACCGACUGGAUCGGCAUUUGCAACUGUAUUCGUCGAGGUCUUUCACCUGCCAAUGCUGUCCGGCCUACGACAACUGGUCUUGUCAUUGGGUCUGGCGGUAUGGCACGUGCUGCUGUUUACUCGAUGAUUCACCUUGGUGUGCAGCACAUCUUUGUUUACAACCGCACCCUCGCGAAUGCAGAAAAACUGGCACACCAUUACAACCGUCAGGAAAUUUUCUCUGGUGAACAAGCCGGAGGUGAUGGACGUCCUCGGGUCAGCACCCUCACCUCAAUCAACGAGCCAUGGCCAGCAGACUAUAAACAACCAACAAUAAUUGUAUCAGGUAUCCCAGCCCACAGUCUCGGUGGCCAGCCAGCACCGAACUUCCAUGUUCCCACCCAGUGGCUUGAAAGCCCUACGGGUGGUGUCGUUGUUGAUUUGGCCUACAAACCCCUCAACACUCCUUUGAUGAAGCAAAUACGUGCUUUGUCGCACCGAGGCUGGGUAGCUCUGGAUGGACUUGAUGUCCUCCCCGAGCAAGGAUUUGCCCAAUUUGAACUGUUCACCGGUCGCCGUGCACCACGCCGACUGAUGCGGACGAUUGUUCUACGGGAAUACGUGGAUGAAGAGGGCCAUGAUGACCCACGCGCGAUCCAUGACAGACUACAGAACCUAGACGGCCAGCCAUCCUGA